AAACAAUAGUUAACAAUAGAUAGGAUUGAAUCUUCUCAGUUCUCAUCAUUUUUUACGUUUUAUGCGAAUGCGAUGUGCUGAGUAGAUGGACAAAGCGUGCAUCAUGCAGGAUACUCGGUUUUAAUUAAUUAUAUCAUCGAUAUGAGUAAGCGCUAUGUUUUCAAUUCAAUUUUCAAAUUUCUAUCUAAUAAUUCGUCGUCUUACACCGCCAUGUGAAUUUUAGCGCGCUAAUUUCGACCGUUUAAUUAGUGCUGAUGUAAUCGUAAAACUCAAUGAUUGUGAAAUGCUGUGUGUGUGUUUUUUAAAAUUCGGUCUUUGAAUUUUUGCAAGUAUAUUGAAAUUGAUUGUUUGUUAUUGUUAAAAAUUGCGUACAUGGUUGUUUUAUUUACGAUUUGAAAUUUUUAAUCUGCAUAUACCCGUACUUUUCGUUAUGAUGGAUUGAUUUUCAAUCACGCAAUCCAAAUUUUGUGAGAAAUGAAAGGAAGAAUGGACGUAUUAAAUCUUAAAAAACGAUGUGGUGCAAAAAAUUCUUCUAAUAUGCUGCAAUCAGGAUCUGUACGUGAUGUGAUAAAAAUCGAACCCAAUGAUGAACUCGAUAAAGAAAAUUGUAAAAAUAGUGACUACGUUACGGACUUAACAUUGAAUGAUAGCAGAGACGAUGAGCCGAUGAGUAACGACGAAGGUUCCGAAAGUAUGAGAGAUGAAGUCUUUGCUACGGAAAUUGUGGAAGAUGAUGACGAUGAUGAAGAAGUAGAGAAUCCAGGUUUACCUAUGUUUUCUGUCAUGGUUAAGGAAGAAAAUAGUAACGAUUCCGGAGAUUCUUCUAGGGAUGAUGAUCCAGUUAGAAGUCGAGUAGAAAUUAAAUACGAAGAUGAUAUCGAGGAAGAAGAGUAUGAUUCCGAUGAUGAAUCAGUUGAGCAUUCAGAAAUGAAUCAUGUAAAUGGCAUGAGUGAUGAUGCUACUCCGUUGAAUUACUCCAAAGUCAAUGGUAAAUUGUCAUCGAAUAUUUCUCCGGCCGGCAUUCCCUAUCGAACAUGUUUCAAUACGGAUUACUUCGACCCUACCAUGGUUAACUUUCAAAUGGGCGGCCAAAUGGGUAGCAAUGAUUCGAUGGAAGAUGAUGUGACAGGGGAUAUGGACGGAGAUUCGGAGGAUAGAAACGAUAAAUCAGAUUCAAUUUUAUUAUCAAUCGUCUACGCCACGAUCAACGUUCCGUUUUCUCAAGUGUCUAAAUUCUUAACUGCUUAUAAUCUGUCGAAAGCUCAAUUAUCCGUGAUAAGGAAAGUUAGAAGACAAGUUAAAAAUAGACUGUACGCACAAAACUGUCGCAAACGUCGCGUUGCCCAUAUAAAAAAUCUAGCCACUGAAUUGCAACAAAUUAAAGUCGAGAAAGAAAAAUUGUGCAGUAUUCAGAGUGCUCUUAAAGUGAAACUAGCCGUCAUGGAAGAUCGUUACAAUCAAUUUUACGCUUAUGUGAUGAAUGCUUUAGCAGAGCGACAUCGUAACGAAGAAUUCGAUUUCAGCGAUAUCGACAGUAAUAUGAACGAUAGUUCGGAAGAGACUAAAUUACUUAAAAGAAAAUUAGAAGACGAUUACGAAGAAUUAGAUUUCAAAAAACAGAAAUUUGAACAAAAAUACGACGAAUUGUACGACCAUGUUUUUGGAGUGAUCAAGUCUAGACAUCACAACAACGGUUUAACCAGAAGCGGUAUGGAUAGUAAUAUAGAUUUUCAACUUUGCCAUAUGGAUAUUGUAAACGAGCUCGCUAUGCUGAACAAAUACUGGACCAAGAAUAAUACGCAAAAAUCUAACGAACAAAUGGAUUUCGAAUCGAGUGUUAGCGUAGACGGUAGUCGAACCAGUGAAAAUAAAUUAAACGAUUUUGUCGACUUCGAAUCGAGCGUCAGCGUCGACGGUAGUCGUUGCGGCGAAAGUAAAAUGAACGAUUUUGUCGACUACGAAUCCAGCGUCGAUUAUACCAUGCAAAAAAACAACAACGCUCAUUAUCAAAACAGUGGAAAAGCACCGAAUCCCAACGAGAUCGUCACGAUAGACGAUGACGAUGACAAUGACGACGCCGACGCCGAUGACGAAUGUGAUAAUCGUGAAAACAAACCGGAUCUAGAUCGCUCUAGCCAAAGUAAUCACACGGAAAAAAAUUCUAGAAUUGAUGAUUCUUCUUUGAUCGAGUGGAGUGAAGAAGAAGUAGAGGAUGCGGAUGGUGGUGAUAAAUCGAAGGAAGUUGUUGAGGAUGAUGAUGAUGACGAAGACGACGAUUUAGAUCAAGAUAUACGAGAAUAUAUGGCUGAGCUGAGUAAACAAAAAAAAGCACUCGAAAGUGAUAAGAAUCUGGUCCAGGAACGAUACCAAAAGCUUUACGAGCAUGUGCUGAAGGCUUUGGAAAUCAGCGAAACGGAAUUUUUGAAAAGUUUACUGGAUUAUUGUAUCGGUCUUAUGAAAUCGUUGACGAUGCAACAACCCUCGAUACCUAAACUGGAACCACGCAGUAGCUCUGUCGACUUGAACGGUAGCUGAUACUGGUCGUCCAAUUUUUGGUGGAUUUUAACAAAUUUUCUUCUAUGUAUAAGGAUAUUUUAUAGUACCUGUGAUAUGGAAUUCUUUCAUCGUUAUAUAAGGUUUAUAUUUGCGAGUCAAUCUCGCAUGUAUUUUUUUUAGGUGAACGACUGGGUAACGCCACUUUGAUGCGGGUUUUUUUCUCUGCAGAUUCGAAACGCUUCAUUUUUUUCACUAACGUUUAAGUUUGUGUAAUUUAUUUUUCUCCCAUGAUUUUUAGUAAGUAUUUUUUACCAUUACUGUGUUAAUUAUUUAUAAUAUUUAUGAUCUGUGUUGUUUUUCUAUUUUACUCUUCUGCAUCACAAUAGUUGUUCGUUCGUUUUGCGGUAUGUUCCUUUCUACUCUCUGUUCUUGUUUCGUUCUCAUUGUUUUUUCGUUGGAUGAGUGUAACUUAAUUGGCGAUGAAUCAUGAUACAGUUGAGAUAAUUUUCACAUGAAUCAUCGUCGAGAUGAACCAAAAUUUUAUUAACGUCCUUGACUAGAUACGAAUUAAAUCGAAUAUUCUCUAACGUUUUCUACUCGAUAGAAAAUCAUUUUUGAUGGGCUCGUCGAUCAGUAGAUGUUACAUGGUUUGUCGAAUUAUUGUUCAUUAUUAAUAUUGUUUUUACUUGGUGGAUAGUUUUCCAACUGUAUCGUUACCGACGUACGAGUAAGACGAUUACCCAGACGUAUUGUUGAUUUUAAUGUUUUAAACAUAUCGAUUUCUCCAAGGUCUACGUACGUGGAUAUGUAUAGAUGUAUUUGUGUUAAGCAUGUACCGAGUACCUACCUCUGACCCCUUUUAUCGUUCAAAGUUGUAUUUUUUUCAUUGGACAAAUUUUUUUGUCAUCUCCUCCCCUCUUAUAUAGAUAUUUGUAAUAGAAUACGACCAGAUCGUAAUCACGAAUGCCGAAUUAUUAUGGUUGCGAGAUCCAACUCAUCAAACACGCGGUCAGUGACCCUUAUUGAUCGACGAAGUCAUCCCAAAUUUGUUAAUAACUUAAGGGUUAUGUGAUAUAAAAAUGACCUUUUUCUUCGUCAUCUUUCAGAUUUUUUUUUUUUUAAAUUAUUGGAACAAAAAUAGGUGGUCUUUAUUUUACAGUUCUGUGAACUGUAUUUCCCUUUUUUUUUGUACCUUUUUUGUUUCUCGAGUCUUUCUUUCUGUAUCCCUUGCCACAGUAAUCGCACCACAUUACAUAUUUGUAUCGUGUUAUUUUACCUGGUUACUCUUCUCUUGUAUUCUCAACUGUUGUUGGGAAAAAGAUUACUAUUUGUUUGUCUUUUUUUUUCUUUCUCGUUAAGUGAACAUUGAAUGUGAUUUUUUUAUAGGCGGUAAUAAUUUUCUAUGUUAUGUUUAAAUUAUUGAUAGUGAUUUUUCUAAAUAUGUACUAUGUUGUGAUUUAUUUAUACAUUAUCAGCAUUUAUAAAUUCAUAUUAUUGAAGUAUCUAACGUUCAUGUAUGUUUCUUUCAUUUUACUUUCGGAAAAUAUCUACUACUUACUCGAAAGGUUAAAUGGGUAUUUGAUUUGAAAUUUAGGGUUUAUGUUGUUAGUAUGUGUUUGAUGAAAAGAGUUAAUUGACGUUGGUAGACUGGCAAUAUUAGCAUCACUUCGUAUCAUUUUGUUUACCAAGAAGAAGUGUACAAAUUAUUGGUGUGAGACAAAUAGAACGGAUAGAAUAUCCUCAAACUCAGUGGAAUGUUGUUUUCUUUUACAUUCGUUAAUAUUUAUUUUACGUGUACUUUCCUCCCCCCUUUUUUUAUGAAGUUUAUUUUUUUUUUAAAUUUCUCGUUUACGUUUGUGUAAGAUUUACGUCUUAGUACGUAGUAUUAUUCGCAUUAUUUUUACGUUAUCAGUAAAGAAUGUAAAGUAUAAAAUAAUAAAGAUGAAUUGUUUUUCA